GACAGCGCAGACAGUUUGUAGAGUAAAACGAAUUCGUAAUUUUCAUCCGAAGAAAUCUUACAAAUAAAAGUGUGUUCAACUAAUAAAAAAAUUAUUUUUUGGAUAGUUUCUAGCAGCGGACAAUGAAUGACGAAGACAUUUCGACACUCUUAUGGCGGUUAGAAAAUGGAGAGGUAUCAGAAGAUGAAAGUGAUCUAGAAGAGGAUGCCUUAGACUAUUAUGAUAAUGUCGGUGAGUUGCAAGCAGAUCUUGAAAGAGAGAACCAAAUACUAGAAGAAAUAUUGACCGAAAAUGAUGGGACAGUCCCUGAUCCUCCACUAAUAUUUGAUGAACUAGUAGAAAACCAGCCCCAUUCCAACGCCACUCCUAGUUUACGGGAUUUGAUAUGGAAAAAGAAGAAUUUGGAUUUGGUGGAUCAGGCUUUUACAUUUCUUGGAUGUACUGACUACCCUCCGAUUAUUAUGAAUUUAUCUACUCCUUAUCAGUAUUUUUCAUACUUUUUUGAUGAAAGUUUACUCGCAAGAAUCGUUACUGAAUCUAAUAAAUAUGCCAUACAAAAAAAUAUUAAUUUUUCUGAACCAAUGACAGUUCUGGAACUGAGAAAAUAUAUUGGUAUCUUGAUUUAUACUUCGGUAUAUCACUAUCCUAGUAUAAGAUCCUACUGGGCAAAUAAUGUAAGAUUCCAUCCAAUAGCUGAUACGAUGACCGUUAACCGUUUUGAAAAAAUUCGGGAAAUUCUUCAUUUUAACGAUAAUGAAGGUCACUUACCCCGUGAACAUCCUGAACAUGACAGAUUACACAAAAUACGAACAAUAGUGGACCACCUAAAUCAACGAUUCAUGUCAGUUCCUUUUGAUCAUAGACUUUCAUUAGAUGAGCAGAUGUGCGCAACUAAAAUUUCGCACUUUAUGAAGCAGUACUUGCCCAACAAGCCUCAUAAAUGGGGCUUCAAAUUGUACGUGCUCUGUUGUCUGAUGGGUUACGCAUAUUCAUUUGAAAUUUACUCAGGAACUCAUGACUACAAAAGACUACCAAAUGAGCCAAAUCUUGGAGCAGUUUCAAAUACAGUGGUGCGUUUGCUUCGACCUGUACCGAGAAAAGUAAAUCAUAUAGUGUACUUUGACAACUUUUAUUCAAGCCUGACUCUGUUUCAUCAUUUGCACAAGGAAGGCAUAUAUUGCUUAGGUACAGUUCAAAGAAACAGAUUAGGAAAAACCUGUAAGCUACCAAAAAAGGAAGAUGUACAGAAAACAUCUGUACCAAGGGGUUCGUACGACGAGAAUGUUGCUUCUCUUGAUGGUGUUGAGUUUGCAGCGACUAGCUGGAAGGAUAACAAACAGGUCUUGCUGUUAUCUACGUAUGUAGGUGCAAAUCCUGUGGGUACUAUUAGCCGCUAUGACAAGAAGCAGAAAAAAAACAUAUCAAUACCAUGUCCGAAAGUAAUUGAAGAAUAUAAUGCACAUAUGGGGGGUGUGGACACAAUGGAUAGUUAUUUAGGGCGAUAUAGGAUCCGAAUGAAGUCCAAGAAGUGGACCAAUAGACUAUUCCAACAUAUGCUGGACAUGGCGGUAAUAAACAGCUGGAUUUUAUACAAGAAAGUUUCACUGAAAAAGAAAACAAAUCCAAAAAACAUUUUAAAACUUGUUGAUUUUCGGACGGAGCUAGCUGAAACUUUGUGCAAGUAUGGGGCCGUAUCUGAAAAUAAAAGAGGCAGACCCAGCAUGAAUAGACAGGAAAAUACGUCAAAAAAGAGACCAAAGAUUGGUGCACAGACAUUACCACCAAACGACGUCCGUACUGAUGGAGUUGGACAUGACAAAAGCUACAACACUAAGAGAAAUCAAUGCAAAUAUGCAAAUUGCAAAAAACUAACUUCUGUAAUGUGUACUAAGUGCAAAAUAUCGCUUUGUGACAAUAGAAAAAAUAAUUGCUUUCAAGUUUUUCAUGCUAUGUAAAAAUAAAAUAACAUUAAGUAUAAAAACUUGGGUACUUUAUGUUUUCUAGUAUCACUAAGCAAAAAACUUCUUAAUGCAUAGUUUAUCAAAAUUGAUAACAACUUUUUUUUGCCAAUAAAACUUUUAAUAUACAG